CAGGAACUUCCUGCUCUGGGCAGAGGAGCAGUUCUUUGUCAGCUGGUCUUUUAGACUAGUAAUUUCGUCGGCUGUCUUAAAAGAUAAGUUAACUUGGAACGCUCAUGACCAAUGAGAAUACUAAACAUGGGUGAAGUGAUGUUUCUGGUUCCAUAAGUUGAGACGGACAUACGUGGACAGUUAAGAUGAAAGGAAGAGUUUUAUUUUCUUAGCCUGCUAGCUUAAUGCUAGUUAUUUGUCUGGGGAAUUGUCGACAUUCAUUGCAACCAGGGAGAUGUCUCUACGGCAGACUUACCGCCGCGCGACCGCUAGCAUAAAGCAGGAGCAGGAUGACGACUCGGAUACGGAGGACUCUCACCUGGAGCUUCUCAAAGUGGAAGGGCUGGAAUCUCAAAUCAUCCACAGCGGACACUUCAUGGUGUCUUGGCCCCACAGCGAGCACCCUCCGAAGAAAGGCUACGACUUUGACACUGUCAACAAGCAGACCUGUCAGACGUAUCACUUCGGCAAGACGAGCACGUCGCACCUCUCCAUAGACGCGUCCCUCACUAAACUCUUCGAGUGCAUGACCCUUGCUUAUAGUGGCAAACUGGUGUCUCCUAAAUGGAAGAACUUUAAAGGUCUAAAGCUGUUAUGGAGAGACAAGAUUCGCCUCAACAAUGCCAUAUGGAGAGCCUGGUAUAUGCAGUAUGUGGAAAAGAGAGAGAAUCCGGUUUGUCACUUUGUAACGCCUCUGGAUGGAAAUAUGCACUUAGAUGUUCACCGAGCUGCAGAGACCAUUGCCAGUGAUGGAAGGUGCUGGAAAAGAAGAAUAGAAAUUGUCAUUAGAGAAUACCACAAGUGGAGAACAUACUUUAAGAAAAGGCUUCAUAAACACAAAGAUGACGACCUCUCAAGCUUACUUACGGGGCCAGAGGAGCAGUUGUCGCUGUUUGGGGAAAUCUCUCCAGACGUGCUGCGUGUCUCCUUUUGUCAGGAUGAAGAGAGUGCUGCACGUCGUCUGCCUCGAAAGCACAUCGAAACACCCGCCCCGAUGGAGAUGGACCCCCUCUUUGACAUGGACGUUUUAAUGUCCGAGUUUUCGGACACCUUGUUUUCCACGCUGGCCUCUCACCAGCCUCUAGCCUGGCCAAAUCCCAGAGAGAUCGCUCAUGCAGGGAACGCAGACAUGAUCCAGCCGGGACUCAUCCCUUUACAACCCAACCUCGAUUUCAUGGACUCCUGUGAUCCUCUGCAAGACUUAUUUCACAGCCUUCGUCAGCCCGCCUUCCCCUCUGUUUUCCCCACUUCAACAUCUGUCACCCCUCUACCCAGCAGCAGCGCUCAGUCACAGGCUUCAUUAUUGCCUUCCUUGAAUCUCUCAGUCAACCACCCUUCUGGCUCCCUGCCCAUGUCCUCUCCCAUGACCACUCAGACGUCUGAAACCGGUGUGGCUGGCUAUGAACAAAACUGCAUGCCUUUGUUUGCUAGGCAAGUGGCGUCCAGCAAUCAGUCCGUGGUUUCUUCCGAGUCCCUGUCCCGUGAACCUCUGGUGCAGUGCCUUCAGGGUCAGAACUUGGCGUCAGCUACAACUAUAGUGCCUUCACCUCUGAACAACCCCUCCACUCUGGAUGAGGACGUGACUUCAUCUGUGACGACACACACAGCUCCUUCUACAGUAACUUCCAGCAAUGUCACCACCACCACUACCAUCAGCCACAUGUCCGACUAUAGCUCCAUGUCCACACAGCCUCCACCUCUCCCAUCCCAACUCCAACCUCUGGCUUCAUUGACUGGCGGUCCCGUCCAGCCGCCUCAGUCUUUUGCCCUACCUCACCCUCUCCAGUCAAACAGUGCCAUCAAAGUUAGACCUCGGCAGAAGAUUGCGCCUUCUACAUCUCACCUCAUUUUCACAGCUCCUUUUCCCGGUCAUCACAGUGCAGUGCUUGUCACCCCCCCAAAUCUAAAACCAGAUGUGGUUUCUGCUAACAAUAGCCUGGUUAUCGCUCCUUCUCAUCCUGGAACGGGUUCAGGAUUUCAUGUUUUGCCUCAAACCCAAAAGACUCCUCAGCUAAUGAUGCCUAAAGACAAUCCAUAUUCACCAAGUCCUAAAAACCAGAAGCAGUCCCCUGGUACUGUUCACAGUCAGCCAGGAUCCAGUCAGGGGUCACCCUGUGGGUUAGAUCAAGUACCCAGUCCCCCAUCACUGAUGAUUGGCAGUAGUACAUUUCUGACAAAGAGUGAACACAAUCAGAGUCGGAGGACAACACACAUAUCUGCAGAACAGAAGAGACGAUCCAACAUAAACAUUGGCUUUAAGACACUCUGCAAUCUUGUUCCCACGCUGAGGACAUUAUCGAACGUCCCCAAUGCAACCACACUACAGAAGACGGUGGAGCACAUUAGUAAGCUUCAGCAGGAGAGGCAGCAGAUGCAGGAAGAGAUCAAGAAACUACGAGAAGAAAUUGAAGAGCUCAACACUUCCAUUAGCGCAUGUCAGGAGCAGCUGCCUGCAACAGGAGUUCCAAUGAGGCAGAAUCGUCUGGACCACAUGGAGGAGAGGUUCAACGAUUAUGUACAGAGGCACACUUUUCAGAACUGGAAGUUCUGGAUCUUUAGCGUCAUCAUCAAGCCUCUGUUUGAGUCAUUCAACAGCAUGGUGACGACAACAAGCAAAGCCAGGCUGUGCCAGACCACACUGCAGUGGUUGGAUUGUCACUGCUCUCUCCCAGUCCUCAGGCCAAUGGUGCUGAGCAGACUCUGUCAUCUGAGCACGACCACGUCCAUUCUCAGCCAUCCUCUACGCCUUCCAGACGAGGCGAUCAAGGCCGUCACCAACACAGACGUGUAGAGUUAAAUCGAAGGACCUUUACUGGGAUGUUGGUGAUCUUCUGUGAAGAGGUUUGGUCAUCACUAUACAAUCAUGAUUGUUCACUCAGGUGAAUAUUACACUGCGACUUAACACCAGUGUUUCCUGGUGGUCUCCGUCCACACUGAACUCCUGUCUGCACAUUGGGCCUGUUUCUAGCAGGUCAAAAUGUCAAUUUAGCUUUUUCGAGGUUGCAUCAGGUAAAUUCCACACAUGGACUCACACUGUGGCAUGUUGCAGCAUGACAGUUUUUCUACUUAAACCCUUAUAGGGAGCAUAACUGACAGUACAAAGGAUUACUAUAUAUACAUUUAUGCAUGGAGAAGUACAAUGUUGUAGGAUCCAGCCUGCAGGAGGGGCCCUUUUCAUUCUUUAUCUCUCUCAGGGCUGCACUUUGAAAGAUUUUCAUCAGAACAAAUCAAGUCAGGAUUUUAUUUAUUUUCUUUGGAAGUUAGACACUUUGUCUAUAAAUGUACGGACUGAUGUUGUUUUGCUGUUAUUCUUUUCUUACUUGUUGACAAAAAAGAGGGGAAAAAGAACUAUUUAAAAUUGAAGCCAUAUUAAACAAAAACACACACAAAAAAAACAAGGUUUUAGAGCAAACGAGGCUACCAGGACUGGCAGUAGUUAGCCUUAUGGACAAAGUGUCCUUACCCGUAACUGCAAACUAAAGUGGAAUUAUGUGUAUGUAAGUGAUUGUGACUCUCAAUACACUCCUCAGGCAAAUGUCAUGUUUUUACAAAAUUGAGUUUACAGUAGCAAAAAGCACCAUUUUUGCUGAUGAAUGUUUAGUUUUGAUGUGGUUCAGAUAGCGCAACUUAAACAUGGGCGUUCUCUAGAUUUAGUUUGCGGUGUGAUUUUUCUUUUCAAGCUAAUGCACAUUUUCCUGUAAAAACAGGAGUCUUUGGAGGAUGGUCAAUUAAAAAAAAAAAAAAAAGAAAAAAAAUAGACAAAGCCCAGCCCCUUUGUCCACUUUGCUUCGGUUAAGCACAAAUUUUGAAACCUGGCGAAUCUUUUAAAUAGACAAAUAUUUACAAAUCCGUUUUUCUAAAAAAAU